AUGUCACUGUUCCAACCUAGCUCUCAAAUUCGUUUAACUAAUGUUGCAAUAGUUCGAUAUAAAACACAUGGCAAGCGGUUUGAAGUAGCUUGUUAUAAAAAUAAGAUCUUAAAUUGGCGAAGUGGCGUUGAAUGGGAUUUAGAUGAAGUAUUACAAAUUCAUUCUAUCUUCACCAAUGUAUCUAAGGGUCAUCUAGCUAGUACAGAUGACUUAAUAAAAGUAUUUGGUACGGUUAAUAUAGAAAGUAUAUGUAGAGUAAUUUUGAGGAAAGGUGAAGUACAGGUUUCGGAGGCAGAAAGGAGUUAUAUGAUGGAGAAGCAAUAUUUAGAUAUUUGCAACCUACUCAGUGAGAUGACUGUAAAUCCGAGUAAUAAUUUGCCACUUACAGUGAAGAUGCUAGAAACUGAGCUUAGAGAAGCUGGCUUUUCUGUAUCUUUAAACAAAAGUACUAAAGAACAGGCUUUAAAGGCUUUUGAUAUCCUUAAAAAAAGGAUUCCUAAUCAGAUUUCAAGAGCCAAAAUGUUAUUAAGAUUUAUAUCAGACUUCUCUGAUAAAAAUUUUAUUUUUGAGAAGUUGGAGGAAUUCAAUGCAACUGACAUUAAUAUUGAUGAAUCAAAUGAUAAACUUUCAGUAACUUUCCUAUGUGAUCCAUAUCACUAUAGAUCCAUCGAUAAGCUCCCAGGCAAGUUAUUGGUAUUAAAUAAUAAUGUCAAGAAAAUAACAAAAGAUAAAAGUCAAUGUAAAGUAGAAACAAGUAAAAUUGACAAUAUUGAUGGAAAUUCAGGUCUAUGUAAUGAGAUUGAAGUAAAUGGAGAGAUAAAUAAUAGCUCAGAUCUCUUGAAUGUUGAUAUGGGAACAAUGACUACAUGUGACAAUCAUCCAAAUCAGAAGUUUAUUAAGAAGAUCCUUAAAAUAGAUAAGUCUAAAGAUAUAGUAAAUAAUGUAGCAUGUACUAAGUGUGGAAUUGAGCUAGACAGUCUCAGUUCAUUUAGAACUCACUGUCGCUCUGAAUGGCACAUAUUUAAUGCAAAAAGGUUAGCAAGAAACUUAUCACCUAUAUCUGAGGAUGAGUUUCUUGAGUUGCAGCAAGAUAUAAAGAUGGGUUUUUUGGCAGUUGAAUAA